GUGCUGCAAGACAGCUCAUGGUCUCAGGGUAAGAACUACAAUUCCCACAAUGCUCCCACACCAACCAGCGCUCACUGGGUCACAUGAGAUGAGCCAUCCCGGAAGCGUCCUCCACAAUCCUUUGCGGCCGCCCAAAAUGGCCGCGCCCAGUGGCACCAUGAGCGAUUCAGAGAGCAGCAGCAGCAGCGAUGAAGAGGAGUUGGCGCGGUGCCGGGAGGCGGCGAUGCCAGCCUGGGGCUUGGAGCAGCACCCGCGGGGAGCAGAGAAACCAAGAGCCGAUGCUGCGGGUAACCAGUUGCCAACCUCUCGACCAAGCCUCAGACACAAGGUGGAUGAGCACGAGCAAGACGGCAAUGAGCUUCAGACUACCCCCGAGUUCCGAGCCCAUGUAGCCAAGAAACUGGGAGCCCUGCUGGACAGCUCCAUUACCAUCUCAGAAGUGGUGACAGAGCCCAGGAAAGCUGAGGGGCCAAAAGUGGCCUCAGAGGAUGAUGGCUUCCGUCUUUUCUUCACAUCCGUUCCUGGAGGCCCUGAGAAAGAAGCUUCUCCCCGACCCCAAAAGCGGAGGCCCCCCAGCUCCAGCGAGGAGAGCGACGAAGAGUGGCGGCGGUGCCAGGAGGCAGCUGUGUCCGCUUCGGACAUUCUCCAGGAGUCCGCCAUCCACGGCCCUGGCAAGGUGGAGGAGGAGUCCAAGCAGAAAAAAAGGAAGUUGAAAAAGAAAGCCACCACAGUGGCCAACAGUGACUUGGCCAUAGCUACCACCCCCACCACUGGGGCCCGAGGCCAAAAGCAGGGAAAGGAAUCAGGUGAGGUCAAUGGGGGCCAGGCAGCACUUGGGACCAAAAAGAAGAAAAAAGCCAAGAAGGCCACCGCCGCCGCGUCUUCCCCGUGCCCAGCAAACUGAGCCCACAGAGUGGCACCACCUGCGUCAGCUGUGGGCACCAUGUGCCCCUUGGGGAGGCAAGACACUUCUGGAUCACGCCUCCCUCCAUGUUCAAGACCAGGAUCUGCGAGUCCCACUCCACAAAGUCACGAUUGUGACUGCGGCUAAAGGCAUGGGUGUGGAAAGAGAUGCCUCAGGAAGACCUGUGCUUCUAGAACAUUCCAGGCCAAGUAGAAGGCAUCUAUCCCCCAGUACCAUAUGAGGUGAGCAAGUAAAGGAAGGCCUUUCUCCUCCUCCACCUGAUCCUCAGCCUGGUGUGGGAAAGAGUCCUCAAGUGCUAAGACCCAGAGGAACAUCUGUCCUCCAUCAGCCAGACUUGAGUCAUUGCCUAGGAGAAAUUUUUCUCCUUUCCCCAGUUUUUCAGAAUUUCCUUUGCCUACAUUUAUGAAUAUGCAUAAUGUCUCUAAACCAAUUCGCUUUUCAAAAAUGAUCUGAGGGAUGAAGAGGUAGCCCAGUGGUCCAGGCCCUGGUUCUAUCAAUAGCACCAGGGGGUGUCAAAGAGAAAAUACAUUGCUGAGAGACCCAAAACUUAGAAUGAUCGGAUGCUGCCUUCCUGUCAAUGUUCAAUCUUUUCUUGGCCAGUCCUAGGACUAGAACUCAAGGCCUGGGCACUGUCCCUGGGUUUCUUU